AUGGCGGCGGCGGCUGGCUUAGGUUUUCUCGUCGCUGCAGCGCUCCCCCUGAUCGGAUGGGUGGGGGAUGUAGAGGAGCAGACGUGGGACGAGAUCGUCCUGGGGAGUGAGACGGCGGUGCUGGUCGAGUUCUGGGCGCCAUGGUGCGGCCCGUGCCGCUUGAUGCACCCCAUCAUCGCAGACCUGGCCAAGGCCUAUGUUGGCAAACUGAGCUGUCUGAGGGUAAACACGGACCAGAACAAGGAGGUGGCCAUGAGAUACGGCAUCAGGAGCAUCCCCAUCAUCCUCAUCUUCAAGGAUGGCGAGAGGAAGGAGAUGGUCAUCGGCACCAUUGCAGACAUGGCCUUGGCCGCCACAGUCGACAUGUUUUUGUAA